UUGCCUAAAUCCGCGUCCCUGUAAAGGGUAAAAGGCAAAGAGGACGUUCAAAUCCUUAACUGCCAUGACAUCCUCCAACAGAUUCCUAUCAAAACCAAUCCUCAACCAACACAUCCUAUCGCUGCUUGAGAAAUGCACCCAUCUCAGCCAUCUAAAACAGCUCCAAUCCUACCUUGUAACACUGGGCCAUGGCCAGACCCAGUUCUUCGCAUUCAAGCUCGUCCGAUUCUCCAUCCUCUCCCUCACCGACCUCAGCUACGCCCGCCUCAUCUUUGAUCAUCUCGAUUCCCCCAAUAUCUAUCUCUACACUGCCAUGAUCACCGCCUACGCCUCGCAUUCUGAUUCCCGAUCGGCCCUCCUCUUAUACAGCAGAAUGCUCCGUCUGAACCGUCCUCGGCCCAAUCAUUUCAUCUUCCCCCAUGUACUAAAAUCUUGUUCUGAUGGUUCUUCUAUCAAUGAUAUCAGGACCGUCCAUACCCAGAUUUUGAAAUCGGGUUUCGAUGAGUAUGCAGUUGUACAGACCGCGCUGGUGGAUUCUUAUUCGAAGUAUUCAGAUCUUGAAACCGCUCGCCGGGUGUUUGACGGAAUGUCUGAGAGGAAUGUUGUGUCCUGGACGGCUAUGGUUUCUGGGUAUGCGAGAGUUGGGAUGGUGGGGGAUGCUGUUUUGCUUUUCGAGGAAAUGCCUGAGAGGGACGUUCCAUCUUGGAAUGCUGUGAUUGCUGGGUGUGCACAGAACGGGCUUUUCUCCGAGGCAAUCUCAUUGUUCCGAAGAAUGCUCCAUGUGGGUGCCCAUGAAGAGAGGCCCAAUCAGAUAACCGUUGUAUGUGCUCUCUCUGCUUGUGCGCACCUUGGCAUGCUCCGUCUUGGCAAAUGGAUACAUGGAUAUGUCCGCAAAAACAACAUUGGCCCCAGCUCGUUCAUUGCGAACGCUCUCCUUGACAUGUAUGGAAAAUGUGGGAGCUUGAAUGAGGCGAGACGGGUGUUCAAUGAAAUGCCUGAGAGAAGUUUGACAUUAUGGAAUUCCAUGAUUAACUGCCUUGCGCUGCAUGGGCAAAGCGAGACUGCAAUUACUAUUUUUAAAGCGAUGGAACACGUGGGUGUCAAGCCAGAUGAGGUCACCUUUGUGGGGUUGUUGAAUGCCUGUACCCAUGGAGGAUUGGUCGAUGAAGGCUGUAGCUAUUUCAAAUCAAUGAGUCACGAUUAUAGAAUCGAGCCUCAGAUUGAGCACUAUGGGUGUGUCAUAGACCUUCUUGGUCGAGUUGGACGGUUCGAGGAAGCCAUGGAAGUUAUAAGGGGGAUGAAAAUUGAGACUGAUGAGGUCGUUUGGGGUUCUUUGCUUAAUGGGAGUAAGAUUCAUGGGAAUAUGGAGUUGGCAGAAUUAUCUGUCCGGAAACUGCUUGAGAUUGAUCCAAACAAUGCGGGUUCUGCUGUUAUGUUGGCAAAUAUCUACAGUGAAUGUGGGAGGUGGGAUGAUGUGGGGAUGGUGAGAAAGAUGUUGAAGGAACGGGGAGUGCAAAAGACACCAGGGUGCAGUUGGAUUGAGGUUGAUAACAAAGUUCACCAGUUCUACUCAGCUGAUAAGACGCACCCUAGAGCUGAGGAGAUUCACAAGAUUCUGGAAGGUUUAGCUGGGUUGUCGAAGCAUGAUCUGUUUCGGAAUUGUAUGCCUGUACUCUUUGAUUGAUGACAGCAACAGUGAUGGCGGGGUUGAUUAGAGGCCAUGUAGUCAACUCAAGCUAGUUGAUGCAUAGAGCUUCUUUCAGUGGGCCACACAAGGAAUUGGAGGCUGUUUGGAUGGAUUGGUUUCGAAAUGUGGACUCGUCACCAAUGACUGGCUGUAGGGAUCGACGGCGCCCUCCUGUUUGACCUCUAUUAGUUGCAGGCCCGGGGUAAUCGAAGUAUCUAACUACAACAAUAUCUUUGCCACUCAUCCUUAUUUUCAUGAGGGAAGUGCUUGCGCAUACACAGAAUAAGCAUCUGUUACUAAUGCA